AGAGGGAGGAGGGGGUUAUAGGGAGGAAAAGGCGUUUCCGUCCUCACACCGGCGAGACUCUCAGUGUUCAGCACCGCACUGACUUCAUCAACUCUUGACGCUUUCGACGCUGAUGUUUUGACCGAUCUGUGUUUGUGGUGAACUGGACUUUGUAUUUGCUUGACCAAAGCGUACAGCGGGUCAUCCAUCACCAACACCGGGAGCAUCAUCUUCAUCAUCUUCAUCAUCAUCAUCGCUGGAUCAGCGGCGCGCGGAAGGAUGUCUGAAUACAGCUCGCUGUUGAGUGAUCUGUCUGAGAACAUCACUAAUGAAGACCUGGAGCAGCUGAAGUCGGCCUGUAAAGACGACAUCCCCGAAGACCAGAGCAACGCCAUCACCUGCUCCAAAGACUGGUUCAGUUACCUGGAGAAGAAUGACAAACUGGCACAAGAUAACCUGUACUACAUAGAGCACAUCUUUGAGAUCUCGCGGCGGCCGGACCUCUUGACUCGAGUCAUCGAGUACCGCACGACUGUGCUGAAGAUCUCCGAAGACGACGAGAUCGACACCAAACUCACACGCAUCCCCUCGGCCAAGAAAUACAAGGAUAUCAUUCGCCAGCCGUCAGAAGAUGAGAUUAUCAAACUGGCUCCUCCCCCUAAAAAAGCAUGAGGUCAAAGUUCAUGACCUCUGCUCCUCCUCCCGGCACAUCAUCUUGCCCAUCAUCGUCACCAAGCCCCGCCCACUCCUCCUCAUCCCACAGAACAGAAGCCAAGCAGCCAAUCAGAUCAAGAUGCUUUAAAGCCACGCCCACGCCACGGAACGCACGGAAAACUGAACGAAAGACAAAGAAAUGGACAAAAAAUACUUGCAGAUCAGAUCAUCAGGUUAUGUAUGGAAUGAAAAACUAAAUCUGUGUCUCCUGACGCCUGUGUGGAAGUGUGUACGUGCAAGAGAGAGCGUAUUCUCGCCCUUGAUGGGAUCAGAAGUUGGUCAGAGCAGUGCAAAAAGGAGUUUGCAGUUAAUGUGGUGACUAGUGUCUAAUAGAGAAACUGGUUUAGCCACUGAUCGCUGUUCCUUUAGACAUAGUUAUCUCCUGGUUAGUAUUGUGGGUAGAAUCCAGGUCGGUACAUUCCCUUUAAAACAUGACCCACAUCAACAUUUAAAAGUGUUACAGAGAAUCCAUCUCUGAAUUUGUGAGAUUGCCACUUAGAAAGCCAAUAUUUGCCUUCUUUAGAAAUUAUAUGCAUUAUUGCAGGGUAUGCAGUUGCCUAGCAGAGAACUGAUAUUGCUGUUUAUAUUUCUGUAUGUCACAUUUCUAGGAAUUAUAGUUUAUUAAAUGAUCAGUUAUAUAAUAAUAAUCAUUGUUUCGUAUCACACUAAAGCAGCAUAUAUAUGGAGUCUGUUAAACUAGCGUGGGAGACAAAAUUAGACAUUUAUCUUCUAUUAUUAAAUGUAUAACGGGCCUAAAAACACUGUCUAUGGAUGAUUAGAACACAAAAAACCCCAAAACAACAACAAACAAAAAACAAUAUGUGUUAAGUAUAGUUUUAGCUCCAUUCUGCAAUAUUUGCAUUAUGAAAUAGAAGGUAUUUAUUUCAUUUUUAUCUUUAAAUUACUUAAUUUGACUAUGUCUGCUGUGAAUUGUUGAUUCAGACGCCUCAGUAUGCCAUCAUGUGAAACAUUAGGAUGAUAUCACAUAUACUGAUAGCGAGGAAGAAACAGCUGCGACUAAAACAGGGAUAUUUAUGCCACAGAUGUUGUUACAAAAUUAAAUAAAUAUAUAUAAAUUAAAUCACUGCAGCACUCGAUAUGUGGCCAAAAGUCUACGGAUCACAUUGUGUAUCCAAACAGCACAUCUAUUUGUAUCUAUAUUUCAUCCUAACACAGCAUAUUACGAUUGUCCUGUGUUUACAAAUAUUAAUAUCAUGAUUGUGAUUGUGAUAUUCCUUCGCCUUUUAUUCGCACCAUCUGCUGAAAGACUGUUUAAACACGACUCUAAAUUCGCUUGAUCACUGUGUGCUUGGCCCCUGCAGACUGUUGUUUUCACGCGAUGGAGCCGGAGCGGUUAUCGAGGACAUGCCAUGCGUGUUUUUACGCGUCUGUAUUUCCACCCACGCAUGAGGCCCGCAUGCAGCGUUCAGUUACAGGCUGUUUCUCCUACUCUCUAUUAAUCUGCUGUGCGAUUUUGUUAAAAUUGUGGCAAACGAGCUGUAAAACCUCAACAAAACCUUUCACUGAAUCUGGAACUGUGUAGCUUGUGGUUUCUGGUCGUGAACAAUCUUGGCCUUUAAACUUGAACAUAAGUUACUCUAGAUUUCUGAGGACUUUAAAGAACCAUGUCCUGUCAAGGUUUAGAUCGGUGAAUUGAUCAAGUUUAUCUCUUUCGCAGCCGCCCAAAAACAACAGCUCUGUUAUCAUUUACUUACCCUGUAUGUUCGAUCCAAACCUAUGCUUUGCUUGCUCACAAAAUAUGUUUUGUAGAAUGUGCUAGACGCUCCUUUCCAUACAGUGAAAGUGAAUGCAGACGUCAAAAAGUGUGUCUAUAACUCUCAAAUCUAUAGAAGCUUAUUUCUGCCAUGGAUUUAAAUAUUAAAACCUAUUAAAAUAUUUUAAAGUUAAUUGUGACUUUUUUUAUCGCACACUUGCACCUGUUCUGAGUUUAUGUCUCUCAGUUCUGAUUUUGCAAUUUUUGCAAUUCUAAGGAAAAAAAAAUUAAUUUGAGAAAGAAAAAUAAACGUGUUUUAGGGCGUGGCAGAAAACAAACCAGAUUUAUGAGUUAAUAACUUGAAAUUGCAAGAUACAUUCUCAAAUUUGCGAGAAUAACGUUGGAAUAAUAAGAUCGAAAAGUCACAAUUAAAUUUUUUAUAUAUUUAUUCGGUGGCACAAACAAGCUUCCAUACAAAUCUAAUUUGCAUUUCUGCAUAUUUAUUGUGGUGCAUCUCAUCGGAUGUGCGCGGUUAAAUAGCAUUUAGUAUCACUGAUGUCAAACUUGGCAUCUUGCCGCUUAAUUUUCUUUAAAUGUACGUCAAUGUGAAACAGAGUUGAGUUUAUUACUUUCAGUGUAUAAAGACUUAUUUUCUGGUCUGUGUCAUCUUUCGUAUGAUAUCAGAGGACUAAAAAAUCAUGACAGGCUCUCGAUCCUCUUUCAUUGUAUGCAAAACCUCUCCUCUUUCAGUCCCAGAAAUAAUAAAACAAACGUGAGAGCGAGUAAAUGACAGAAUGUUAAUUUUUUUUGUCAUUUCUCAAACGACGCAUCACAAACGAUUCCUUCGAAAAACAGAUUGUACAUUGUGCUAUUUAUUGUGUCGUUAUGUUGUUGUUGUUGUAGAUGUGCUGAUGUUUCUCGGUUGUGUACAGAUAUCCUCUUGUGGGUUUUGCGGUGUGUGUGACAUUGUAAGUCUUUCCGAACACAAGGCCAAACGCUCAUCGCUUUUGAAUCGCUUUGUUUCUCUCUUAGUUUAAUAGUAGUUGGUUGGUUUAGUUCGUUUGCAUCCUCAGUCCCGACUGAAUUCUCUGUGAUACCUGACUCUAGUUCAGCUCUCUUUAGGCUUAUGCUAGUUUUACCAACCAGAUGUAGAAACGUAUAACUUCCCCAGACCAGCAACCAAGGGCUUCAGAUGUGCUCAUGUCAUUCACGGUGGUUUUCAUCGCACACUCGAUUAGAUGUUGUUCUGUCGAUCUUGUGUUGUGUGCAUGUCUAUGAUCGGUAGAUUCGUGUCUAUCAAGGACCUCUGUUCAGCACUGUGCUUUGCACUCGAGAUCAGUUUACCAGGUGUAUUUCUAAAACACAGCGCCUCCACUGGAAGAAAUCGGAAAAGCCAUAGUAACAUUGCUUGCCCUUUUCCAUGUUUCCUUUUUCGAAGGAUUGAAUUUCCUGUUGCAGCAGGAAAUGAUGCAGAGCUCGACUGAUUAAGGAUGAUUUAGUUUAGACUCUAGUGUAAUGCCACUUCCUUUCCUCUAUGCAGAGAUUAUUGGGCACUGUGCACAAGCGUCUCCUCUUGACACGUUUGCAACAUUGUUAAAAACCACUACACGCAAGUAUUACGAUGUGUUCGGCCAAACGAAGCCAUAGACGCAUAAUCAUGUAUUUUUAUUGUCAAAUCGGAUGUCAAUCGGAGUAUUAAAACAUAUCAGCCUUGAUAAUGCUGCAAAAGCUUCUGCUGAUGCUGAAGAUUUGUCGCUAUUGGCGUAACAGAAUCACAUCUCGAGGUGUUUUAUCCUACGUUUAGUUACACUGAAACCAGCCAAACUAAAAAUGAACACACACACACGAAAUCUCCACUUCAGAAUAGACAUAAGAAAAGAAAUGCAGAAAGAAAACGAAGCAUACUUUAGGAUUGUGAAGCACAUUUAAACCUGGAUAUUGUAAAACACACAAAAUACCUCUGGGUUUUUAUGACUGUUUUUGUUCUUCGCUUCAUACUGAUAACACUGGGGGAAGGAUGUGCUCAUUUGUCAAUAGGCUUUAUUUUCUUUUGCAUAAUCUGAUUUUCUCUCCUUUUUUACAUUUAGUUCUUAAGUUGUACAUACACAUAUAUUGUGGAUUUAUAAAAGUGUUUAUUAUUAAUUAAUUUAUUAAAUGCAUCUGUAUCUUGUUUUGGUGUACUGUGUACUAACUGGUCAAGCGGUAGGUGUUCAUUCAUCAGUGUAAGUGUAAGUGUGAUGCUCAGAUCAGAUCAGCUCUGUUGGGUUCAUCGUAGCGCUCAAGAUCCUUUUCUGUACUCUUCUGUUUUGAUAACUUUACAGUAUAAUUUACAUGUAUUUUCAUCAAAACUGUCUUUUUUUUUUGGUAUUUUUACUGUCGUGUUGUUCCAAAUGCUUGUUCUGUUUCUUAGAAAUGCUUCGCAGCACAUGACUGUUUUGAGCGUGUUGUUGUCAUGUUGUGAGAUGUUGGUAUGAGAGGCCACUGGCUGUAAAUGCAAGAAAACCUUUAAGGAUCAUUCAUUAAACACACGUUAGAAGUUCUCCGUCAGAGUGUGAGACGGAGAAACGUGGAAUCGGUUUGCGUAGAGAUUGAAACACUCGUCGUCGGCUGAUGUGGUGUGAUGCUGUUACUGAGAUUGUGAAGAGAGAGGUUUCGACGAUGGUGGAAUACAGUACGGUUCGUAGUGGAUCAAUGUAUACUUAGAUCACAGAAAGUGAAUAUGGUAAAAUAACUGCACGGUGAAUCUCAGGAAGAAAUGAGAAGAUUUCCAAAUCUAACCUAUUUCAUUUGCCCCAAGUUUGAUGAAAUUUAAAUAUUUUGAUUGUUAUUUAGUAAAAAUCAUGGACUCUUAUUAUCAAUAAUUGAUAUAUUAGUAAUAAUAAUAGUUUUUUUAGGGUGAAGUAAUGACUUAUUCUUCACCCUUCUUUUGUGAGAUUCACCAGCACUUGCUUCAUCUUGCAGUGCAAGUUUACAACAAAUUUGAGAACAUUUUUAUUUCUAGACUUCACAUUCCCAAACCAUUCGGAUGGAAAUAUAGAGAUGUUGUAGAGAAUGUAGAGUAACUGAUGAUAAACGUUUUAGACAAGUUGAUGUUACUGAAGAAAUGGAAAGGCGUAUACAGAGACUUAUCAUAUAUGGAUGAUUUAAUGCACAUUCGUAGCACGAAAAUACAUUAGACUCUAAGAUAUAAAGCACUUGCUAAAUGAUUGUGUUAGAGCUGCUGGAGCUACACGUUUACACUGAGGACUAAAGCAUGCUCUCAUGUCAUGACAAAGUGCCAGCUCCAUUUGUGUUUGUGCAGAAGCUUAAAACAGAGACUUAUUAAGACUGAAUUAUUCAUAACUCUGGUGAUAAGUAUAGUUUAAGAGAGUUAUCCCCCUCUACGUUCUGCUGUGUGCAGUGUUUGGGCUGGAGAUACAGUGCUGUGAUGAAGUCGAGUAGAAAAUAGAUACUGAAGUGGUCGGUCUUAGACUCUGAUGAAGGACUUCUUUGUUUUUUUUUCAUUUUUUGUUCAUUGCAUAUUUAUUUAUUGAUGUGUCGUAAGACAUUUUUGGCUUGAACCGUUUUGCAGAUCGCUGAUGUUCUCGUUGAUUGGACUGAUGUUUGAGUCUCAUUAAAUGUUAAACCUCUUUGGGCAGAUUACUGUUAGCAUUUCUUCAGUAAUUAUUUUUGCUUUCUUUCUUUCUUUCUUGUUUCAGCAACAAUGUGAUGGACACUCAGUAUGAAGUUAUGUUCGUUAAAUAUAUGUGGCUUCUCUCUUAUAGAUUGAACUGAAAUGAUGCCGUUUUGUCAUUGUGCUUCAAUAAAUAUAUAAAUAUUAUAUUCUAUAUUAAAAUAUAUUUGCUAACCUA